UCACACUGCAAUAUCUCAUCGUUGGGAGCUAUCUUAUUUGUUUUCAAAAACGGAUAUUUUCCAGCAACAGCAGUGCAAUUAAUCACCUGCACCUGCACCGUAGGAGCACCACCUGUUGACCCCGUUGCGAAGGCAAUCGAAUCAAUGUCGAGUUUACAGCGCACACUGCUUAAGGGCAAGCUGCCACCCACAAUUCCUGGCGGGCGCAUCGGCCGAGCGGACUCGUUCAAGAAGUCACGCAUCCGCGACUACAAGCCGGGCAUGUGGAACGAGUUUUUCGCGGAGAAGGAAGACGUCGUGGUGGAUGAGAAGCGCACCUUCAGAAUAUACCGCACCAAGCAGCCAGAGAAGCCGGGUCCAGUACUGCUCCUGCUCCACGGCGGUGGCUACUCGGCCCUCACCUGGGCCCACUUUUGUUCAGAAGUGACCAGCAUGAUCUACUGCCAGUGCUUGUGCAUCGACCUGCGCGGUCACGGGGACAGCAAGGUCGACGACGAGGACGAUCUCUCUGCGGAUACGUUGGCCAAAGACAUUGGCGACUUAAUCCUGAAACUUUAUGCCGAGGAUGUGCCACAACUCUUUGUGGUUGGUCACUCGAUGGGCGGUGCCAUCGCCGUCCACUUUGCCCACAUGGCUCUGGUGCCCAAUUUGAUUGGCAUAACCGUUAUCGAUGUUGUGGAGGGCACUGCCAUGGAGGCACUGGCCAGCAUGCAAAGCUUUCUGCGUUCCCGUCCAAAGUAUUUCCAGAGUAUUCCGAAUGCCAUUGAAUGGUGCAUCCGAAGUGGCCAGGUGCGCAAUGUGGACAGUGCCAAAGUGUCCAUGCCCGGGCAGAUAAUUAACUGUACAACGAAUAAACUCGCAACGAAUGAUCUGCCACUACCCGACGAAGUUCUGGAGGAGGCACAUCACAAUAGCAUGUUUCCCAAUCCGUUUAGUAUUUCGGAGGACGAGGAGUCGUCACCGCCGGGUGAUGAGGCCACGGAUGGCAGCCCGGAAGGCGUAACAGCUGGUGCGGAUUUCAAGAAGCCCAUCACGACCAAAUCGAUGACCGAAGCUGCCAAAAAUUACACCUGGCGGAUUGACCUGUCCAAAUCGGAGAAGUACUGGGUGGGCUGGUUCUCGGGACUGAGCGAUAAGUUCCUCAACUUGCGCCUGCCGAAACAGUUGCUUCUGGCCAGCAUAGAUGGACUGGAUCGCACUCUGACAGUUGGCCAGAUGCAGGGUCGCUUCCAAAUGCAGGUUUUGGCCCGCUGCGGCCAUGCCGUUCACGAGGACCGUCCACACGAGGUGGCCGAGGUUAUUAGCGGCUACUUGAUUCGGAAUCGCUUCGCGGAGGCUGCCAGCGAAUUCCGCUGCCACAUGCCGUCGUGCUAGACAAACCACCUCCCCCUGGAAUCCAAGGUUGAGCACAAGCUGGGGUCACAAAAGUCUAUUUUUGAAUGGAAGGAACAUUACUCUUUGAACUAACAGAUGCGUGCAUAUAUAUAUACAAAGUGUAGUGCGUAGAUCGAGAUAUAUAUAGCCGUAUAUUCUAUAUACACAUAUACUUAUAAUCCAGUAAUUUAUUCUGUAUGUUUAAUUAAACCUUAUGAAUUUUUAACA